AAGUACUGCAGUGUAUUUCUUCCGACAUUUCACAUGACCAUGGGUGGAUCAACCCAUUUCUCUGUUUUCUUACUCGUCGCAAUAAUUUUACUCUGUUCUUCCAGCAAAACUGUAAAUGCAAUUUGCCAUGCAAGUGAGAAACAAGCUCUUAUGGACUUCAAGAAAGACUUGAAAGAUCCCUCUGGUAGACUCUCGUCUUGGAUUCACGACGUUGAUUGCUGCAAAUGGGAAGGAGUUGUUUGUAGCGACCGAAGUGGCCGCGUGAUUCAACUUCUCCUUCAGAGUCCUGUUCGUGUAAUUGAUGAUAUUGGUUAUGAGAUUGUGGUUCUUGAAUCACCAUUAAGCGGUAAAAUCAGUCAUUCGUUACAAAAUUUGACUCAUUUGCGUUACCUUGAUCUAAGUCUAAAUAAUUUCAGUGGAAUUCCAAUUCCCAGUUUUGUUGGGUCUCUCAGAAGUCUGAGGUACCUGAAUUUAUCCAGAGCUGGAUUUCAAGGAAUGGUUCCCUAUCAGCUUGGAAACCUUUCAAGUUUACGCACUUUAAGUGUUGGCGGAGAAGUCUGGCAGCCUCCUACUCUCCGAGCUGACAACCUGCAAUGGUUGGUUGGUCUCUCUAAUCUGGAGCACCUAGACAUGACUCGCGUGAACCUUAGUCUUGCGUCUAAUUGGCUAGAGGUGAUUAACACGGUCCCUUCUUUGGUAGAGAUACAUUUGUCCCAUUGUCAGCUUGAUUUAAUUUCUCAUCAUCUUGACAGAGAUACAUUUGUCUUCCAUGCCAACUUUUCUUCUCUUACUGUCCUAGAUCUUUCUAGAAAUAGAAAUUUUCUUGGACACCUCAUCCCUAGAUGGAUUUUCGGUCUUACUGCCCUUGCGUCUCUUGAUUUAAGUGAUAACUCGAUUGAAGGCCCAUUGCCCAGAGGUCCUUGGAACUUGACUUCCCUCCAACACUUGGAUCUUUUUUUCAACCAUCUGAAUGGUUCGCUACCAAACGAGCUUAUUCAUCUUAACAAUCUCAUUUCUCUCAACCUUGGGUGGAAUCAGUUUCGAGGUUCAAUCCCAAGCUCUAUUGCCAACAUUUCCAACCUUCAACAUCUUGAUCUGUCUUAUAACAACCUUAACUCCUCUUUACCAAGUGAAGUAUUCACAUUGAAGGACUUGAUUACACUUGGUGCAAGCGGUAAUCACUUGAAUGGUCCAAUUCCAAGCACAGUUGGCAACUGUACCAAGCUAGAACACCUUGCGCUAAGUGAUAAUGCUCUAUCUUCAAUUCCAUCAAAUUUAGGAAGAUAUCUUUCUAGAAAUUAUUUUGGACGCCUCAUCCCUAGAUAUAUUUUCGGUCUUACUGCCCUUGCUUCCCUUGAUUUAAGUGAUAACUUGUUUGAAGGCCCAUUGCUCAGAGGUCUUUGGAACUUGACUUCUCUCAAAUAUUUGGAUCUUUCUUUCAACCAUCUGAAUGGAGGCAUCUCUCACGUUUUGUGUGAAGUCAAGAAUGAAAAUCAAUUUCUUUGGUAUCUGGAUCUUCGGGAGAAUUCUCUAUCAGGAGAAAUUCCAGACUGUUGGAUGAAUUACCCAAGCUUGGAACGCAUCAACCUCAACAGCAAUAACUUCACCGGAAGCAUUCCAAGGUCAUUGUUUCAUUUGGAAGAUCUCUAUUAUUUAGGCUUGGGUAACAACAGUCUCACUGGUCUCACUGGUCGGAUAACCUUUGACUUUGUAAAUCAUGAAUAA